AUGAGAUAUUUAGCUGAGUGAGGUUGCCUCUUACUUUCCACUAUUCCUCAAACCACUCACACACGAAUUCUAAAAAAUACAGAACAAAAUCUGAGACACAAGAAAUGCAAGAAAUUUAUUCCAUGGCAGAUGGAAAUCUUUUCUGCAUUGAGGAAGAUAGAAGGAUGAAAACCUACCAUAACCAGAAUAAUCAUCAUCAUCAUCAUCUUGCUUUGAAAUGUCCUCGUUGUAAUUCCUUCAACACGAAAUUCUGCUACUACAACAACUACAACCUCUCUCAGCCUCGUCAUUUCUGUAAAAACUGCCGUCGCUACUGGACCAAAGGUGGCAUCCUUCGUAACGUCCCCGUCGGCGGUGGUUCCCAGAAAUCAAAGAAAUCAAAGACGGCAUCAUCAUCUUCCAUCCCCUCUUCAGCAGCAACCACGCCAACACCGCUUCAACCGGAAGCUGAUAAGUCAGAUUCUCACUCCAACAGUGAUGGCUCAACCAUUAGGGUUAACUCUGUUAUAGAAAAUGAACAAGUUAAUAGCUUCAGGAACCUCAUAAUAUCAAGUUCAACCAAUGAUCAAGUACAUGUGGUACAGCAUGGAGACUCGGUGAUGCUCAACCAUCAGCAGUUCUCAAAUGAAUUUGGAUCGUUGGAUUGGGAAGGUGGUGCUAACACCGUUGAUCAGUCUUACUGGACACAGUCUCAUUGGUCUGAUCAUGUGAUUCAUUCAUCCUCUCUUUUUCAUCUUCCAUGAAAAAUGAAUAAGCCUCAACAAAUUUCUACACUUAUUUUUAUUUUUUGUUUUCUACCAGUUAUUGUUUUGUUUCUAGUUGGAAUCAAGACAAAACAAAUGUUUUAUUUUAACAGAAUGUGAAAGACAGCAUGAAAGCAUGUAUAAUUUAUUAAUACAAGAUAUAGUAUUCCAUAAAAAUACAAGUAAUGUAAUUUUGUUUGUUUGUUUGUUGAUUGUGAUUGAUCUUAAGGUUGAGGUUGUUUGUGCAAUAAAUGUAUCAAUGUUGCUUUCUUUAA